GUAGUAAUGGCAUUGCUUCCGAAAUCCAGAUUGUUAGUGUCGUUGUCGUCGUACGGAGUAACAGAGCGCGGCGAGGAUCUGGUUCGGAGUUUGAGCUAUGUCGGCUACCAUGGAGAACAGCAGGGGUACCUCUGGCUCUAUUCCGCUCCUCACUCCCUACAAAAUGGGGGAAUUCCAUCUCUCUCACAGAAUUGUUUUGGCACCAUUGACUCGAUGCCGUUCCAAAAACAACAUUCCGCAGCCUCACGCGGCUGUCUACUACUCUCAAAGAGCUACAGAAGGCGGUCUUCUCAUCGCAGAGGCCACCGGCGUAUCCGACACCGCACAGGGGUACCCCGACACGCCCGGAGUUUGGACGGAGGAGCAAGUGGCGGCAUGGAAGCCGAUUGUCGAUGCAGUUCAUCGUAAGGGCGGAAUAUUCUUCCUUCAACUGUGGCACGUUGGCCGUGUCUCUACUUACGGUUUCCAGCCGAAUGGCCAGGCACCAAUCUCGUCAACAGACAAAGGCAACACCCCGGGACUCUACGGAACGGACUGGUCUCCACCUAGACGCCUACGGACAGACGAAAUCCCGGGCAUUGUCAACGAUUACAGACAAGCUGCUCGGAAUGCCAUCAAAGCAGGAUUCGAUGGGGUGGAGGUACAUGCAGCAAACGGCUACUUAAUUGAGCAGUUCCUGAAAGAUCAAGUCAACAACAGGACUGAUGAAUACGGUGGAAGCUUAGAAAACCGGGCGCGCUUUGCGCUAGAAAUCGUGGAAGCAAUCUGCGAUGAAAUCGGAGCUCAUAGAGUCGGGAUAAGACUAUCGCCCUUCACCGAUUUCAUGGAGUCAGUCGACUCAGAUCCACACGGCCUAGGCGUCUACAUGGCCAAUGCACUUAAUAAGUUCAACAUUCUCUACCUCCAUGUGAUCGAGCCGAGGUCGGUUGGUGAUUCAGACCCGCCUCCAGGCCAUGAGGAUAAUGUUCCACACGAACUCCUCCCCAUGAGGAAGGCAUUCAAGAACACAUUCCUUGCUGCAGGUGGUUACAACCGGAGUAAAGGAAAUAGAGCCAUUGCUGAUAGCUACGCGGACUUAAUCACUUACGGACGCCUAUUCUUGGCUAAUCCAGACUUGCCUAAACGGUACGCACUGGAUGCUCCUCUUAACAAGUACAAUAGGAGCACGUUUUAUACCUCGGACCCCAUAGUCGGGUACACUGACUAUCCAUUUCUCGAAGAGCAGUGAGUCGAAGGUACAUACGCUGCUCGACGAUCAACUUUAACUUGUUUCUGUUUUAUUUAUGCUUUCUAUGUUCGAAUAACAUGAUAAGAUAUUACUUUGGCUAUACUAAAUAUGUUUAAAUCUUA